GGAAUCUAGCUGGCUUUGGCUUUGAGGGCUGCACACAGUCGCACUCGGAUGGCAGAAUAAGUUAUUGAUUUGCCAUAGAGCUGACCGGAGGAGUUGUCGUCUCGCGUUAGACGUAUAUCUGGUGAAGUGCAGAAAAACGGGAAAAGUAGUGAUUUUUCGUUAGGAGUUCGAUCGCGGAAAAAUGAACAUCUACUGUCAGUGAGUAUCGAGUAGGAAAAUCCUCCCCCAGAAAAGAAGCGCUGGGUUUGGUCUUCGGGUCGUGACGCGAGACGGUUUUUUUUUCGGAGAAAAUCUCUGGGGCGGAUGCUUGACCGUCACCACCGUUUCGGAAUCGGAAUCCCAAGGCUGCGGUAGCCUCAGAGGUCAGCUGGAGGAAUCCCCUAAUAAUUGUGUUAUCGCACAGGCUCUAUGAAGAAAAAGGAGAAGAGGGGCGAUAAGUUUUACGUGUGAUUAGUGAUUCGGUUUUACGGUGGAGAAAAUUUUCUGCUGGAAGCAGCAGGAGGAGGAGCUCGGUUGUGAUUCGUGCCAAAAUUCAGCUCCGAUAGAAGAAGAAAAAGUGCAUGUUUUACGCGUCUCGUUGUUCGGAGAAAUUUUACACAAGAAGCAAAAAUCGAUCCUCCGGUUGGAAUGUGAAAAUUUCGCAAAAUUCCUCAGUGCUGUUCUAAUCAAAAUAUAUUCCCUUCCCCCCAUUCUCCAGGAGGAAGAAUUUUUCUUCCUUGUAGGUGGAAGCUACCCUAUAUAAAAUUCGAUAGGGCAGAGAAAAAAUCCAAUAAAAAGAGUAGUGUAUUAGUUUUGCAUGGUGUGGUGGAGAAGAAAGUGUGAAAGAAAGCAGCACUAGCGAAAAAAAAGUUUAGUUUCACUUCCCUUCGAUGAGAAGGUGAAUCAAAGGAAAGGCAAAAAAUAGAUAUAUAUCAAACAGUGGCGGAACGACUGGCUGACUGACUGACCGACCGGACCGAGAAACGAUUGACGGAACGGGACGGAAGAACCAUACCGUAUUCAUCAUAUUUUGGAUCCGGAGGCUGAGUGGCUAGAAUAGGCCAGUGGACGACGACAGAAUGGCCUCCGGCGAUACGAUUGCGGCGAUUGACUCGAUCGACGUGGAGUCGGCGCUGUCCACCAAGAACUCGGAAUACACGACCAGCAGCAGUAACUACAACAAGGAUCAGCUGGUGCUGAUGCAGGAGCAGGAUGAAUACGGAAAAUUCAUCAAGGAUACUCCCGGCAAGCAAGUGCUCUCCGAUGGCAUGUCAGCGGACCAGCCUUUGGCCUCGCGGCCGCACAGGCCCAAAUCGGACAAGGAGCGCAAAAUUGGUCAUCGGCGGGUGGGCGAGGGCGGCGAAAUUACCUACAAGAAGAUCCAAACCACCCAGAUUAUGGGCUCGAUCCAGCUGGGCAUUCAGCACACGGUGGGAAGCCUGGCCUCGAAACCCCGCCGGGAUCUGCUGAUGAUGGACUUUUGGGAACUGGAGACGAUAUCGUUUCCCCCGGAGGGCUCCAGCAUGACCCCGGCGCACCAUUUUAGCGAGUUCAAGUUCAAAAUCUAUGCUCCCAUAGCGUUUAGGUACUUUCGGGACCUGUUCGGCAUUCAGCCGGAUGAUUUCAUGAUGUCAAUGUGUUCAGCCCCACUGCGGGAACUCUCGAAUCCGGGUGCGUCCGGAUCUAUAUUCUAUCUAACCGACGAUGACGAGUUCAUUAUCAAGACUGUACAGCAUAAGGAGGGUGAAUUUCUGCAAAAACUGUUACCAGGAUAUUACAUGAAUCUAAAUCAAAACCCCCGCACGUUGUUGCCGAAAUUUUUCGGCCUGUACUGCUACCAGUGCAAUAGUAAAAACGUUCGAUUAGUGGCCAUGAACAAUUUGCUACCAUCAUACGUGAAGAUGCAUUUAAAGUACGAUCUGAAAGGGUCGACCUAUAAACGGAAGGCCAACAAAGCGGAACGUCUGAAACCGUCGCCCACCUACAAGGAUCUGGACUUUAUGGAGCACCACCCGAACGGUAUCUUCCUGGAGGCGGACACGUGCAAUGCCCUGAUCAAAACCAUCCAGCGCGACUGUCGGGUGCUGGAAUCGUUCAAAAUCAUGGACUACUCGCUGCUGGUGGGGGUGCACAACCUGGACCAGGCGCUCAAGGAGAAACAGGAAGCGGCCGCCAAAGCCAAAUCCGAGGGGGAAUCCGACUACGAGGACGCACCGGAAGCCGACCAGUACAUGGUCCAGGAACGGGAAGAACAACGAACGACGGCCCUGAACCGAAGCAGGAACACAGCGUACGGAAAAAUGCUCAUUAGAUCGAUCAACCGGCAGCGACUUGUAGCGCACUCGACUGCUAUGGAAAGUAUUCAGGCCGAAAGUGAACCGAUCGACGAAGAGGAUGAUGUACCACCGGGUGGUAUUCCAGCGCGUAGUGAAAAAGGUGAACGGCUCCUACUGUUCAUUGGUAUCAUCGACAUCCUGCAGUCCUAUAGGUUAAGGAAAAAGCUUGAACACACGUGGAAAAGUAUUAUUCACGAUGGUGAUACCGUAUCGGUACACCGGCCUUCCUUCUAUGCACAACGCUUUCAGGACUUUAUGGCGAAAACCGUCUUCAAGAAAAUUCCAUCCCUGGAUCUUCCCGAGAUCAAAGGCAAUCAUAGAAAAUUUCGCACGUUGGUCACCAGUUAUAUAGCGCUUAAGCAUUCGCCAUCGAAGAGAAAAAGCCUCUCGAAAGCAGCACAGAGAGCUAGAAAUGAAGAAACUGAUAGUCAACCUGUAGCGGGCAGCUCCCACCAGCAUCACCACCAUAAUCAGCAACAACAGCAGCAGCAACAGCGAGAUCAUCAGCAACAGCAGCAGCAACAUCAGCAACAACAACAGCAGCAACAGCAAUACCAUCCCACUCAGACGCAUUUCAAUCAGCACACCACUGGUACGCCAAAGUCUGUGGACACAGAAACGGCAUCCAGUGUGUAUGCGGCAUCUACCACCACAACCACGUCCAGUGGUGGCGGUAGCGGUGGCAUCCAAACGGGUACUAAAUCUGGACUGAAGAUGGGUAGUUCCGUGACGCCUACGAUGCCACCGCUGAAGAAGAAAACCACCAUCGUGAAGGCUAGCGUUCCGCCACCGGUGCCUCCGCGCGGGUCACCCAAGAUGAGCAAAGCGGGCAUCAAAGGUGGGGGCGGAGGCCCAGGAGCUACCGGGUCCCUUCCGAGCCAGUCCAGCAGUGGGCAUCGGGGACGGUCCAGUGCAGGUAAACCCUCCAAGCACCUGUUAGACCCGCAGUCUGCUACGCGCUUUCCCGAAUCACUGGAGAACGUCAUCGAUUAUACUCGAUCGCCGAAUAAAGUCCUCAGUUGGCUUAGCAACCACGACUUCCGGGUAGCGGAAAAUGGAGAACAUUUGGGUGUGAUUCAGGAGAGCGAUCAAAACGAAAAUGCUAUGCUUGAAACUCAACCUGAGCAAGUAAUAAAAACAGGAGUUAAGAAACUGGCACAGAGUUUUGAGCGAUCCUCUACCGGAGUCAGCAAUAGUCUCACAUCAGUGAAACGAACGAUGAAGAAUACAGCUUCCGUCGAACGAUCAGAGUCAAUACAGGAUAAGAUCAGAAAGUUUUCCCUCAAGGACGAGUCUGUGCAUCUACCGGUAUCCAAGAAGCUCGCCUUCAUGACGCCGACGCCUAAGGAGAUUUCAAAACUUGACUUCUACAACAACAACAAUCACAAAGAAGAAAAGUUUGUUCCAAUGGCCGAGAGAAUUCAGGACUAUGAGUCAGAGUUGGAUGACGAACUUGUUCUAUCCAAUCUACAGGAUGUAGUCCGGAGUAGGCGUGAAUUGUUUGCGUCACCGAAUUCAACCCUUCAACGUCCACCAAAACCCCAGCCGAAGAAACAGCAACUGGCAAACGGCUCAUUGGGGAGACACGUUUUGGUGCGACAGAAAAAACUCCUUCAGCAAAGCUCUAAAUUCAGAGGAGAUUCGACAAAAAAUUGCCGAAAUCGAACGAGAAAUCCGUGAGAACGAAGCUCGUUUGCAAGCCAUGGAGGUUGAACCGUCGGUGAAGCCAUCCAACCGUCCACAAGUCGUCAAAAAUGAUAGUUUUCUGUCUCGUUUGACGCCAAGAUCGGAGACGCAACAUUCAGUAGAGAAAGUGGACGUCCUGCGCCAGUUGGGACUGCCCUUGGACGAGCAGCACAACGUGGAAAGCUACCUCAGUCAGUUCAGCUUGGAGGGAGAAUUUGUUUGACGUGAACAGACGUUGAGUUGUUACCAGAAGUCGAGCGGGAAAUUAGUUUUCGCUAGAUUGUCCUCCCUUCGUUUUUUUUGAUUGUAUUGUAUAUAUGUUGGUGCAUAAAAUCGCUUUUCGUUCGCAUUGUCAUCAUUUGUAUAACAAACGCUAUUUCAUUACUGUCAUAUUCAAAUUUUUUUGUUUAUUAUCAUAAUAGCUUUACUAGAUUUUUCGCUAAUGAAAAUUAUCAAAACAUUGUAAUUUCUAUGCUGGAUUAGAUAGUACUCCAUUUUUUAUAUCUAUCUAUUCUGUACCAAAACCACAUAAGGGUAAAAAUAAAAAAAGCGUACAUUUUGUGUGGACGUUUUUUCUGCAUAAGACAGUUAACACCAUCGUGUGUAGUCGAGUUCACAAAGUGAUGAAAAAUACUACCAUCAGUAGAAUACUAAAUAGUUUUUUGAUUGUUCACCUCGGGACCUAUGGCUUCACUUUCGUCAAUCUUCGGGAUGGAGUUCGAUCCCAGGCGUGAGAAGUCUGUACUCUAACCACUACACCAGGUCCGUUUCCUAUUCAAUUUAUGCAAAUAAGGAUUUCUGAUGAAUCUUACGACCGUUCUGCUAUAACUGAAACUCAUAUUAACGACCGUAUUAAUAAACAAACAGGGAGCGGACCAUUUGGCAUAACGACGUUGGGCAUAAUAACCAUUAGGCAUAAGCCGAAUUGAAAAAAAACUUAUUAGAUAGUUGACAAUACUGUUCACCUAAGUAUUGUGUUAUUGUUUCCAUUGACAAAAGAUUUAUUUUACCUUCCGGUCUUCUUGGAUCCAUAAGCACCGCGCUAAUGCUGUGUAGAAGAAGUGAGUUUUUUUAACUGUGUUGUACAAAAUACAACAGCGCGACUGCUGAAGUGUUAGUAAAACUUGAGAUGGCAGUUUUUUGCUAGAUAUGGUUUAAAAUAGACAUUCUAUUUUUUGUCAAUCUUUUGGUCAGGUAGUUGAAUCUGUGAUAAAAUUCAAUUUUCGUAUAUCUGACAAUAUCGUUUUGUCUCAAAUUCCGAACAUGACUCUUAAUCCGAACGUUGGCGAUUUCAGAGGUAAGAGUUGAUUUUUUUUCUGAAUUAUAGAAUUGAUUGAUUGUACACACGCCUCUCACGCCGAGCCGAGGACCUGAGAUCCGAUCCCAUCCCCAAGAUAGCCACUUAUGACAUAAGAGUUAUAGUGACGUUGGUCUCGAGGUGAACACUAGUUAAUAAAGAUAGAAAACAUUGAUCAUCCUGUGAAGAAAUUUGAGUGGUUUUCUUGAAUAUGAGUCAUGUUCGGAAUUUGGGACUGAACUGCAAUUUAAAACAGAAGCGGGUUAUUUGGCAUAAGGUCAUUUGGAAACACGCCACUUGGCAUAUUGGCCAUUUGGAAUAAUCAGAAUAAUAGUCAUUUUUUUAAAAUAUUACUCUUCUUGAUGAAAAAAUGUUAUGCCAAAUAACCAUUAUGCUAAAUGCUUAAUUUUAAACAUAGAUUAU